UCGGCUCCGCGCUCCGCCCUAGUGGUCCAGCGGUUCGGAGCCGUCCGCGGAGCGUGGGUGAGCGCCCACUGGAGCCGAACCCGCGCACAGGCGCGGGAGUCUCGGCGAGCAAACAUGGCGGCCCUGACGACCGUGGUGGUGGCGGCGGCGGCCACGGCGGUUGCCGGGGCGGUGGCGGGGGCGGGCGCGCCUGCGGGGACCGGCGUGGGAGCGGCGCCGACGCCGCAACAGAAUGAUGGCAGCUUUAGUACUUCCGGUGGAAUUCGUCCUUCUCAGCUUCCGAACUGGAAGCAGAAAGUUAGUCGGAUGAAGAAAGCAGAAUUCAUACGCACAGCAGAAAAAUUAAAGAAUCAAGUUAUUGUUAUAGAAAAAGAUAAACACAGUCAUUUCUACAACCAAAGAGGGGACUUCAGAACUGAGCAGAGCAUGCUGGAAGAAUUGGAGAACAAACUGAUAAACAGCAGGAAGAUAGAGAGAGCAAAGAUCCAGCAACAGUUGGCCAAAAUACAUAACAAUGUGAAGAAACUUCAGCACCAGCUGAAAGACGUGAAGCCCACGCCUGAUUUUGUUGAAAAGCUCAGAGAAAUGAUGGAAGAAAUUGAAAAUGCAAUCAACACUUUUAAAGAAGAACAGAGACUGAUAUAUGAAGAGCUUAUUCAAGAAGAGAAAACAACUAAUAAUGAGCUGAAUGCCAUCUCCAGGAGAAUUGACUCCUGGGCUUUGGGAAAUUCAGAAACAGAGAAAGCUUUCAGAGCGCUCUCGAGCAAAGUCCCCGUAGACAGAGUGGCACCAAGUACUCUGCCAGAAGAAGUUGUGGAGUUUGAAAAAUUCCUUCAGCAAACAGGAGGGCGACAGGGGGGCUGGGACGACUUUGACCACCAGAACUUUGUGAAAGUGAGGAGCAAACAUAAGGGGAAGCCGGCGUUCAUCAAGGAGGCUGUGGAGCACCUUCCGGGAAGAACGCUGCGUGAAGUGGAGCAGCACGAGAAGUGGUAUCAGAAGUUCCUGGCUCUAGAGGAGAGGAAAAAAGAGUCUAUUCAAAACUGGAAAACCAAAAAGCAGCAAAAGAAAGAGGAAAUACUCAAGCUAAAAGAAAAGGCAGACAGCACACCUAUGCCUUCUCAUAGCAAACCAGAAGAUAACCAAAAGCAGAAAGAGGAACAGAGAAAGAAGCAGAAACUGGCAAUUGAAGCUUGGAAAAAGCAGAAAAGUAUAGAGAUGUCAAUGAAGCAUGCUUCCCAGCUCAGAGAAGAAGAGGAGAAAGAGAGGAAGCAGCAGAAAGAGCGCCAGCGGCAGUUUAAGUUAAAACUGCUCCUAGAAAGUUACACCCAGCAAAAGAAAGAGCAGGAGGAGUUCCUGAGACUUGAGAAGGAGAUAAAGGAAAAGGCAGAAAAGGCAGAAAAAAGGAAAACUGCUGCUGAUGAGAUUUCCAGGUUCCAAGAAAGAGAUUUGCAUAAACUUGAAUUGAAAAUUCUAGAUAGACAAUCAAAAGAAGAGGAAAAGGUAGAAAAGCAAAGGCGACUGGCCAAAUUAAAAGAAAAGGUUGAAAAUAAUGUCAGUAGAGAUCCCUCUAGGCUUUAUAAACCUACCAAAGGCUGGGAAGAACGAACCAAAAAGAUAGGCCCAUCAGGCUCCGGGCCACUUCUCCAUAUCCCACACAGGGCCAUUCCAAGCUGGCGACAAGGAAUCUAGAGGGACUAUGGGAUAAUGCAAUUGCUGUUCACUUGAUGAGAAUGCUAGUAUUGCUGUUUCUGGAGAUGGUGAUUCACUUUGCUGUUUAAAUGUUAGUAGCGUAGUCAGGUUGGUUACUGUGCUGUGUAUGAACUUAGAGGUUUGAAGUGUCACGUAGCACUGGCAGUAUUUCGUUUCUACAGAGAGGGUAUGUUGGCCUAGUGUUAAUAUGAAUGUUAUUUAAAUAGGUUUAUGUUACAAACAUUAUUCUAUUUAAAUACGUUUUCUCAUGGCUUAGGAAAUAAUUUGGGAGACUCAGUCUUUUUUAAGCCAAAAUUUUGUAACUUUUAUAACUUGGAAGUAACUAAGCUUGAGUAACAAAAACAUAAAGUGUCUUUUUUUAAAGAGUUGUUCAAUAACUUAGUACUUUUUCUAAGUUUAACAAAAUGGUAAUUUGUCAGUUGUUUCGUUUUUGUGUAAUGAAUAUUUUGUAUUUGAUUAAAGCAUGCUUUGUUUUAUAUGGAGACUAUUUUAAAUAACCUCCCUUGCUACAUGGACCUUACUCAUAUAGUAUGGUGUCAUCCUCCAGGUUUCCUACAACUGUGUCAAAUUUCCUUUCAGGCUUUCUGGAUCCACAGAUUUAUAAAUUUUGUGUCUCUGUAUCCUACUGGCUGGUACAGUUUUCUUCUGCUUGCCCCACAGUAGGACCCCUCUUUCUUCUCAAAUAAGCUAGUUUAAACAGUACACUGAAAUUCUAGAAAAUUCUGUAACAUAAUUCACUUCAAUUUUCCAUAUUAAAACAUUUUAUGUUAUCCUAACUUUGUAGGAGGGCCUGGGGCUGCUUGUUUGUCCCUACCACCCAGAACCGAAAUAACCACACAGAAACUAUAUUGAGUAAAACACUGCUUGUCCCAUUAGCUCUAGCUUGUUACUGGCUAACUCUUAUAUUAAUUUAACCCAUUUCUAUUAGUUUGUAUAUCGCCAUGUGUCAGUGGUUUAUCAGCAAAGAUUCUAACGGUGUCUGUCUCAGGCAGAGGAUCCAUGGUGUCUCUCCGACUCUGUCCUUCUUUCUCCUAGCACUCAAUUCUG